GACCCUGAUCUGUGCAGUUGUGGUACCAUGGGGCCUGCUUACCUGCUCGCGCCGCUGCUGCUGUUGUUCCUCGGAGGCUUCCCCGCGGCCCCCGCCGAAUCGAUUCGCGAGACUGCGGUCAUAGACCCCCAGGACCUCCUGGAAGGCAGAUACUUUUCUGGAGACCUGCCUGAUGAUGAAGAUGCUGGGAGCCCUGGGCAGGAGUACGAUGACUUUGAGCUGUCUGGCUCCGGAGAUCUGGAUGACACAGAGACGCCCAGGACCUUCCCUGAAGUGAUCCAACCUUUGGUGCCACUAAACAACCACAUCCCCGAGAAGCCACAGCCCGGCAUCCGUGUCCCCUCAGAACCCAAGGAACUGGAGGAGAAUGAAGUCAUUCCCAAGAGAGUCCCCUCCGGCACGGAGAAUGACAUAUCCAACAAAGUGUCCAUGUCUAGCACCGCCCAGGACAGCAGCAUUUUUGAGAGAACCGAGGUCUUGGCAGCUCUGAUCGUGGGCGGAGUGGUUGGCAUCCUCUUCGCCGUCUUCCUGACCCUGCUUCUGGUGUACCGCAUGAAGAAGAAAGACGAAGGCAGUUACGACUUGGGCAAGAAACCCAUCUACAAAAAAGCCCCCACCAACGAGUUCUAUGCGUGAAGCUUCCCUUGAGGUGCCGCUUGGACUUC